AUGUUCCGUCUUAGCGUUCUGCUCAUCCUCGGAUUGGCCGUUUCGGUCUUCGGCAAAACUCUGAGCCCAGAGUACACCGAAUGGGCCGGACGGAUCGUCGGAGGGCAGAAUGCCGGAACGAACCAGUUCCCUCACCAGGUGUCGCUGCGGUCGUCCGGAAAUGCUCAUUUCUGCGGCGGUUCCGUCAUCAGCAGCCGCUACGUGUUGACGGCAGCUCACUGUACCAUUGGACGUACGACCGGCAACACUGUCUCCGUCGUCGGUACGAUUUUCCUGAACAGCGGCGGUAUUGCCCAUCAGACGCUGCGCAUCGUGAACCACGGAAGCUACAACGCCAACACGCUGGCCAACGAUGUGUCGCUGGUGCAGACGGCCUCGGUCAUCGGUAUGAGUGCCGCCGUUCAGUCGAUCGCGCUCGGUGGUAACUUCAUCAACACCGGUGGUGCUACCGCCUCGGGCUGGGGUCAACUUGGAGCCAACAUCGGUAUCCCGAACCACCUCCAGUUCCUGAACACGAACAUCAUCACGCUGGCUGCCUGCCGUAACGCUCACACUGCGGCCAAUGCUGCGCGCGUCUUCGACAACACCAUCUGCUCGCAUAGCCCGAGCGGCCAGGGAAUGUGCAUGGGAGACUCCGGUGGCCCGCUGGUCCAUGGUGGCGCCGUCCACGGUAUCGUCUCGUGGGGUAUCCCGUGCGGACUCGGCUUCCCCGAUGUGUUCGCCCGUGUGUCCUCGCACACCCAAUGGAUCUUGAACAACGCCUUAGAAUUUCCGCGCAACAAUCAAGUGUGUUACAAAAUGCUGCGUGCCGUUGGAUUGCUCGCACUCGCCUUCCUGGCGGUCUCCGCCAGUGCGAAGGUCAUGGAUGAGCCGGCGUACCAGCAGUGGCGGGGCAGGAUCGUCGGCGGCCAGUACGCCACGGAUUCGGACUUCCCGUACCAGGCGUCAUUUCGGACGCUGGGAGGAACGUACCUGUGUGGCGGAGCCGUCCUGAACCGACAGUGGAUCAUAACGGUGGCCUCGUGUCUGUUGGGGCGCACGACGGCAGAUACGGUCGCCGUAGCGGGCGCCUACCGGCUCAGCCAGGGAGGCUACACUUUGCCACUGCAGCGCAUCGUCAUUCACCCGAACUUUGCCGAGGAAACGCUGGCCAACGAUGUGGCAGUGGCACGCGUCUCCACCAUGAUGACCAUGAGUGAAGCCGUGCAGGGUGUGCAGCUUGCCUCUUACUACUUGACCACCGGUUAUGGUGCACUCGUUUCCGGCUGGGGCCGCACAGAUUUCUCCAACCCCGCGUUCCCGGACCAGCUUCAGUACCUCGCGGUGAACGUCAUCUCGCAGCUGGAGUGCCGGGCGCGGUUCGCCUCGCCGUACGAUCAGCGUAUCUACGACAGCACUCUGUGCACCUCCAGCCCAUCCGGCCAGGGCACGUGUCUGGGCGAUGCGGGCAGCCCGCUCGUGUACGGCGCCGAACUGAUCGGCCUCGUCUCCUGGGGCAUCCCGUGCGCCGAAGGAUACCCGGACGUGUUCGCUCGGGAAAUGAAUCGUCUCCGUGGUCUUGUGGUGUUGUGCGUUGUUGCCGUGCUGGCCUCUUCCCACGGUCUGGAAGAUCUGGGUUCCGCCGGGAACUGGAUAGGGCGCAUCGUCGGUGGACGGAACGCGGUGGGCGGUCAGUUCCCGUACCAGGUGUCGUUGCGGACGGCGCAGGAUGGGUUUCACUUUUGCGGCGGGGCCAUCAUUGGCGGCCAGUGGCUGCUGACCGCGGCGCACUGCGUGAGCGAUCGCACUCCGGACGGCACGGUGGCUGUGGUGGGGUCGCUCUGGAAGCAGCGCGGUGGCGUUAACUACGGAAUCGGCCAGAUCGUCGUGCACCCGAACUAUAACGAGUGGACCCAGGAGAACGAUAUCGCGGUGCUGCGGCUCCGGAGGACCAUCCACUUCAAUACGGCCAUCUAUCCGGUGCGGAUGGCACGUAACUACGCAUCCGAUGGGCUGGCGGUGCUCGCUUCCGGUUGGGGCCUCAGCUCCACGAGUCCCGCCGUUUCACCCGAUGUGCUCCAGUAUGUGGCGCUGAGGACGAUUAGCAAUCAGGACUGCCGGCAGCGUUUCACCAGCAUCGAGAACCGGGUUGUUACGCCGUCCAGCUUGUGCACGUUCAGCCGCACUCAGCAGGGCACUUGCCUGGGAGACUCCGGUGGUCCGCUGGUGAACGAUGGCCAGCUGAUCGGGCUGGUUUCCUGGGGGAUUCCGUGUGCCGCCGGGUAUCCCGAUGUCUACGUACGGGUGGCCUCCUAUCGGGCUUGGAUAAGCGCCAUCACCGGCAUUAACUAG